AUGGCUGAAACUGAUGCAGUAAACGAUGACUUACUGCACCAAUCCAUUAAAAGGAAAAAAUCAAGCGGCAAAGAAAGACAGAAGGCUCAAGCGAUGGUAACCUCCUUUCUAAAUAAUCAUUUGCCCCCAAGGUAUAGAAUUUCCAACGAGAAUUAUCUGCAAGUUAUUCAAAAGAGUAUUACUCUUGAAAAUAAGGGUAUCACUAAGAUACAAAAAGCUAAAAAAAAGCGAUGUAACAUAACUCCAUAUCGAGAAAAACACAGAGAAAAACUACACUGCAGCUUGGAACUUAGUCAAAGGUUUGAUGAUUAUAUGCCACUACAUAAUUUAUGGGUCGAUUACAUGUCCUGCCUUCUCAACAUACAGAAACGAAGUACAACUUCAACCUGCAGUCUAAGCAAGGAAUAUACUCAGAAACUUUUAAAAGCGGAUUAUCACGGCUGCUGGAUUACCGUGACUCGAUCUAGGUGUCCGUCCUACAUUGGCAUAUCUGGAAUUGUGUUACAAGAAACCAAAAAUGCUCUUACAUUAAUUGCACCCAGUAAUAAAGUCAAAUGCAUACCGAAAACAAACAACAUUUUCACCUUCAAAAUUGGAGAUUUAGUUUUUACUCUCUAUGGUAACCAGUUUCGAUAUAGGUCAACUGACAGGGCUGCAAGAAAAUUCAAGCUAAAAUCAACGAUUGAUUUGUGA